CUGUAAAUCAAAUACACUGGUUUCUUGUUUUAUCUAGCCGUGUCUUCUUUUUCACUAUAAUUAUAUUUGUCGUAAUCUGGUUCCUGUCCAAAUGGUGUCAGUUAUUCUGUAAACUGGUCAUAGACCACUACUGAACACCAUCUCUAUGGCAGUUAACAUUCAAAUCCGUCUAACAAGCUUUCACCUCUUUCCUUUGACGUGCUUUACAGGAACCAUUUCAUCCUCCCCGGAACGUGAUUCCGUGAUUCAGCCUAAGACGGAACUCAAAGAAGAAUUUUCAAGUCCCAUCAAAUCGUUUGCAGAUGUAGCUGAUGCCAUGAUGGAAAACUCUCAGUUUGGAGGUAUGUCCUCCCUGGAUUUGAUGACAGGCAUCGACGUCCACCCUGGCUUUUCUCCCCCUUUCAAAUUCACACAUAUCCCGAAUAGCGCUGGAGAUGCUGCUCCUGAGAAGAAGCCAAGUCCUCCUGUCCAAAACUCGCCCCCUUCUCAAGUGGGAUUCACUACACCACCACCAAUCCUGCGACGUGGAAAGUAUAAAAGGCGUCAUGGAAAAACUCUUGCCGAAGAACUGGAGAAUGUUCUACAUGAGCUGGAGGAUGAGCCAUCAGAGACGGAGGGCAUUGUGAACACAGUCAACGAGCCUGUACAGUAUAGCGUGCAAACCCUACCCACCACUCCAACACGCACGCCUAUCAAGCACCUUCCAUUUUCUCCAUCUCAGUUUCUGAAUGGACCAAGCACAUCAAGUGGGAAGCUGACCUCUACACCUGUGUCUAAUCAAGCACCCUCUGGUGCGGUUCAUGGGAAUGUGAGGGUUUUGACUCCCCAUCCUAAUCAACAUGUUCUAGAAUCUUCACCUCGGACUCCAACUCCAUUUAAGAAUGCUAUGGCCGAAGUUGAACGCUUGGCCAAGUCGAAAAGCUGGAGCCCUGGUGAACUUGACGAUCUGGGAGAAAUGUUGAAAGACUGCGACACAGGCUAUGAAGCGGAUAUGUCCUCAGGGGUCACCCCAGCCUCUCAGGCUCGCUUGUCCAAGAGAAAACCCAACAAGGAGGUAGCAGCUGGCAGUUGGCAUAUCCAACACAACAGACGGGUGCGGCAGUCGCUGGAAGAGAAGCUGUCACAAGAUCAAGAUUCAACUUCAGACUCCAUUUUUCACUCUCCAGAGACCCCGAGCAAAUCCCUGGUGGGAGAUACCAGCCUCUUGCUGUCGCCUCCUUCGAUCAUCAAGGAUACCCUCCCUGAAGAAGUCUUAGAGGAAGUUUUCAGUCUCCCCAGGAAGACUCAAAGACCAGGAAAGAAUACACCGAAAAAUCCUGCAAAGAAAAUUGUGUUUUCAGAUUCACCCCCAAAGCAGCGUGUCAAAAUUGAUCCUGCCUACAGGAAGGUUGCGUGUGGCUUAACAAAGGACCAGCUCGACAUGACACAGAUGGCCAAGAGCUACUUACAGGGUCCGCAAGAGAACAAUAAAUGAAAGAAAGUAGUGUAGAAUUAUUCCUUCAGUUACUUCGGAAGAAUGCCUUGUAAAUUUUUUGGUUUUGAUCAUUUUUAUGGUUUAUUGUCAUUGAUUUCUCACAAAGUAUUGUGAUAAACUCCAGAACUUAAAAAGAUUUUUUUUUGUCGUUCUUGAAUUCUUUUUCCUCUAUCAGCAUGUGAGUCAAAUUUUUUUGUUUACCCCGGUCUUUUUGGUAGGACAGAUAGAUAAUUGGUGUCACUUUACUGUCAAAUUUUAAAAUUUAAUUCGUUGUUAUUUAACAAAAACAUUUAAGCCAUUCUCUGGGACAGUCACCAUAUUCAUAAUCAAUCAGUCAAUGAGAAAGUCAUAAAAUGUGGCUCUCAACGAACUGUGCAUGAGACUGAGCAAUCCGUUUUCAUGAAUUGUUGUAAAUGACCUAUCUCUGUUCUUUCUGCUGGUAUAAAUCUCCAUCAGCAUACAAGCUGUGUUUUCGUAUAUUGGGUUAAAAUUUGGUCCUGGCGUAGGUCUAUAGUUUUGCAGUGAAAGAUCUUAUUUAUAUUCUUGAAUACCGGUAGUUAAUAAUUUGAGAAAUUGUAGUUUCUAAAAUUUCUCCAUCUCCGUAUCAUUUGUUAAGGUUUUUUUUAAAUCUAUAUAUAUGCAUCAUGUGAUACCAGAGAAUUUGAAGUAAUAGAUUCUGGGGAUCCAUUUUGUCAGAGACGGUACUGCUAUAUAUGCAAAUGUGUCAUCCUGUGUUUGUUUGACAUUACUUGUACUUUUGAGAACAGUGCUGCUGAAAGUUGGAUCAAACUCAAACAGGCUAUGCACAACUUAAGUAUUUGAAGACUUUACUGGAAAAACUAGAUAAGUCUUAUUUUAAGAAAGUGGAGAAAAUUGAAAUUCAAAGUUUGAAAGUCCGUAUCUCAUAGUGCCUAAAGCAUCUAUUUUACCAUACAUUUGAUCAUAACUAAUAGCUCGUCUGUCAAUUCUGACAAUGACCAAUACAUCCUCGUCCAAAGAGGAGCAUAUAUUUCCCGGGAAAUUAUAGUCGAGUUAGAAGAGUUAUAGGUUAACUCUUUUCCUACCAGGCCAAAAUCCACCACUGGCCCAGGGCUUUUCCCAGACCUAUUUUUACG